AAUUGAGUCAGGCUUCCAUUAACUAAAUAGUAUUCAGUACUGGUGCCCUCCUUGCUUUGGUGGAGUAUUACUGUUGUCAUCUUGACUGAGUGUUAGUACUCUUUGCGGUCCUCCUGCUUUAAGAAAGUAUACUCGGGUCGUCGUAAAAAAAAGGUGUAAAAAGGGCUAGUACUUAAAAAAAAAUGAAGCGGUUGAAGUUAAGCUCCGCCCCUCACAGCACAGUUCACAGUGGCUAUCCAGAAAAGUGGACGCUAACUCCAAAUUGUUGGCGGAUUUAUGGUGUGAUUCCGUCGAAAAUGAAGUCUGGUGUCAUUACCUAUGGGACUGAGGUGAACGCACAGGAUCAUGACUCCGCCCAUCAGCAGCGUGGACGACUGGCACAGGCGGCGGUAGCAGAAGUGCAGCAGCAGCAGAGCGAUCAGGUCUUCAUGUAACAUGUUACCCAAAGUCUCAUGUCUAAAUGACAUUGAUCAACAAUGAUGUGCAUCAUGGGGAGUCACAAAGUCCCCCAAUUGUGACAAGAUGAAGUCUUCCCUUCCAUGAGGUGAGCAUUCUUCCAUUUGAGCCAUAUGUAUUUUCACCUGUGCCUGGAUCUGCGCCAACAUUAUCAUCACGCUUGUGUAUGUAUUUGAUAAUUAACGGAUCCCCCUUCAAAAGUGUCUUUAGGCAUCUUUUAGGGAGGUGUGAUUUUAAAAACGGACUUCUGGGUAUAUUCAUAUUGUAAAACAGCCAAUUCAAUGACUACUUUCUGGAAAAAUAUAACUAUAAAUAUAUAACUAAUGUUGUUAGUCAUUUUUAACUUCCAGCACUGUGGGACACACAAACUGGCCAAACACGUCUUGUUAGCAUUAAAGCUACACAGUUGGGCUAACACCCCUUCAACUGUCAUCUCUGACACUUAUUUCUAACUUUGUGUUUUAUACACAAUCCACUUGUUGGCUUCAUGCUGCGCAUGUGAGUGUGCACAAAGUGUGUAGUGUUGGUGUGUGUGUGUGUGUGUGUGGUGAGAUGGUUUCACUUGAGUGGAUCAGCCCAGACACAAGCAGCCAAUCCUCCAGAGCGGCACCGGUGAGGAUGAACGACUACGACGCCGACACGGCGUUCCUGGGGGAGUGGGGGGGCUUCCAGCUGCGACUGGUGCUGCUGCUCUGCAUCACCAUGAUCCCCAACGGCUACUGCGGCCUUUCCAUCAUCUUCGUGGCCGGCACGCCGGCCCACCGCUGCCGGGUGCCCGAGCACGGACUCAACUUGACGGCGGCGUGGAGGAACGUCAGCAUCCCGCUCCAGGAGGACCAGCAGCCGGCCAAGUGCUCCAGAUACCGGCUGGAGGCGCUCCUGGCUUUCUCGGAGGAAGGCGUGCUGCCCUCCGAGGUCAACCUGAGCAGCGUGCCUCAAGAGGGCUGCCUGGACGGCUGGGAGUACGACCGCAGCGUCUACGCCUCCACCAUCGUGUCUGACUGGGAUCUGGUGUGUGAGGACCAGUGGAAGAAUCCGCUGACCUCCUCGCUCUUCUUCUGUGGCGUCCUUGUCGGCUCCUUCCUAUCAGGGCAGCUCUCUGACAGGUUUGGGAGGAAGAGAGUGCUGUUUUUCACACUUGCCAGCCAGACCACGUUGGCGUUCAUCCAGGUCUUCUCCCCAUCCUGGAUGGUGUUCUGCAUCCUUUUCUUCCUCACCGGAAUGUCGCACAUAUCCAACUACCUGUCUGCAUUCGUGCUCGGAACGGAGAUCUUAGGUCCACGUGUACGUGAAUUCUUCUGCACGGCGGGCUCGUGUCUCUUCUUCACGGUGGGCUACAUGAUGCUGCCGCUCCACGCCUACUUCCUGCGGGACUGGAGGCGGCUGCUGCUGGGCCUCACUGCGCCCGGGUUCCUCCUCCUGCCUCUCUGGUGGUUCAUCCCGGAGUCUCCACGCUGGCUGCUCUCUCAGGGAAGGAUCGCGGAGGCGGAGGCCAUCGUGAAAAACGCCUCCAAGAUGAACAAAAAGGAUCCGCCUGCUAAAAUCUUCACAUCUCUGAACGUCAGCGGCAGUUUGACAUAUUUUUCAGAGCAAGAGUCGAAGAAGACCAAGGCCUACAACAUCUGUGACAUUCUUCGUUCUCGGAACAUCCGCUGGAUUUCGAUCAUGCUGUGGCUGGUCUGGAACAUGUUGGCCAUUAGCUACUUGGCCCUCUCCCUCAACACGUCCAACCUUUACGGUGACGCCUACUUGAACUGUUUCCUGUCCGCCAUGGCGGAGGUCCCCGCCUACAUGAUAUCAUGGCUCAUGUUCCACUGCUGCUCCAGACGACUGAGCCUCUCUGCCAGUCUCUUUGCUGCGGGACUCUUCCUUCUGGUCAUCCAGCUCAUCCCAGACGACCUGAUCUCCCUCGCCAUCGCGCUGGAGAUGAUGGGAAAGUUUGCUGUGACUUUGGCGCUCGCACUCGUGUAUGCGUACUCCAUGGAACUGUACCCGACCGUAGUGAGGAACACGGCCUUGGGGGCUGGCUCCAUGGCCUCCAGGAUAGGCAGCAUUAUUGCUCCGUACUUCAUCUACUUGAGAAGCUACUCUGCCUCGCUGCCUUACAUCCUGAUGGGAAGCCUGACCACCACGGCGGCGUUGCUGAGCCUCCUGCUGCCCGAGAGCUACGGAAUGCCUCUUCCAGAAACCAUCGCCAACAUGCAGCCCUUUCCUGGAUGCUGUCAGAAGAACAUCUACAAAGUCACGCACACCAGAGCAGAGGCCAAUGCGGCUGACAGGAAGUGCCAUGAUAUCCAGUGAAUGGGAAGCAGACAGAAGAAACGGGAGCAUUUAUAUAAGCAAUCACUAAAAUGAGUACUAUUAGUAAAUAUCGUCCUAGGAAGGCCUAAUGACAUGAUGUAGUCUACUAUGUUAUUCUUUUAAAAUUCUUUACUUUCUACGAAUAAUGUAGAAGACAAAACCUUUCACCAUGCCGUGCACUGCAGAUGGAUUGUAGCACCUCAGUCCAUCACAGCCGGCUACAAGACUGUCAUGCAUUUGGGGGGGGUUUUCCUUGUGAUGCACGGACAUGUCCCGCUGUAAGACAGAGGAGGCGCAACAACAUUAGGACUCAGUUAUGCAAUGGGUUUGGGAAGUUCUAUUAAAUGGCACCUAUGAUGUUUUUUUCCACCUUUCUGAUCUGUAAAGCUACAAAGCUGCUGAAGCCCUACGCCUUUCCAACGUGACUUGGUGGUGUGGAAGAGU